UCAUGCGAUUCGACAGCCUCUCAGACAGUUUAGGGGCACAGAAUGAGACCAUAGGUCGAGCAGUUGGUCAGAUAUUUUCGUCUAAUGUUUGUUAAAGUGCCAGAAUGUCGUCGAUGUCGGUAUGAGAGCAGGCGUCGUCAUAACGGUGGGGGAUGAAGACCCGUCCAUCGGUGAAAUCCCACCUCAAGAACACUCUCUUACUAGGAACAAAGGAUAUUUCUUCAAACUAAUUCCAAGUGUCAGUUAUUUCUGUGGUUGAGGUGUAGGACGGGUGGAGUGGCGCUGGUAGCACAAAGGACCUCUCUACCUACUGACUUCACCUUGUCUACAAUACCUGCAGAUAAGUAUUCAGGGAAACGAUUGUGAAUGAAGUUCUCUUAAGGACCGCAAAGGACCACUAAUCGCAGAAAGAAUGCAACCAAGAAGUCUGGACUUGGCUUUCUUAAUUGCCUGGAUCCUGGCAGUGGUUAAUGGUGACCACUGGUCAGCCUGGAGCGACUGGAGCAAGUGCUCGCGGACAUGUGACGGAGGCGCGUCCUAUCAGCUCCGGAAGUGCUUAAAAAGCUACAUUUUCCGCACGGAUUGUCAUGGCGACCGGAUACGCUACCAAACCUGUAACAAUGACCCCUGUUCAGCGUCUAUUGGGGAAUUCCGUGCCCAGCAGUGCAGUGUUUAUGACGAGACCCCCUUCCGGGGUGAACUCCAUCGCUGGGUGCCUCACCCGGACCCCAUCGACCCCUGCGCCCUCAAGUGCCAAACCAAAGACAAAUCCAUAACAACGACCUUCGCUCCUAAAGUUUUAGAUGGGACACGCUGCACGGACCAUUCUUUGAAUAUGUGUAUCAAUGGAAAAUGUUGGGUUGUUGGAUGUGACCAUGUCCUGGGAUCCCGGAAACGGCUGGACUCGUGUGGAGUCUGUGGGGGCGAUAACUCCUGUCGUACGGUGACCGGAAACGGCCGUUUCGUAUGGAAAGAAGGGGCAUAUUUGGGGUGUACCGCCACCUGUGGUGUAGGUACCACCAAGACCGUGGGAGUGUGCUGGGACCGCAUCCUGAGGAAGCCCGCCAAAAGCACCAAGUUCUGUGACGAGAAAUCCAGACCGCCAGCCAAGCGUCAUACUUGCUUCGUUCAACCUUGUCCGGCGGAGUGGCGUGUUAGUUUGUGGCAGCCCUGUACCCAGUCCUGUGGCGGCGGAAUGUCAUUCCGUAAAGUGGGCUGUGCUCAGGAACUUGAAGACCGGUCCUUAAAUUGGCUCAAUGAUACCGAAUGUAAAGGGAUCAAACCUGUGGAAGAGAAAGAAUGCAACAGUCACAUUUGCCCAAAGUGGUACGCAGGCAAAUGGUCACCGUGUAGCGUAUCAUGUGACAGCGGAAUGCAACAGCGCGCCGUCAUCUGCCGUCAUGUUGGUGACGAGUAUUGUGACUUGAGUAUCCGACCGGAAACGAAACGCGAGUGCAACACGGAAAUACCUUGCUAUGACAAGAAAGAAGAAGUUAUCAGACAUCUACCUGAAAGGAAACAAGUACAAGAGUCAUCUCUGGCACAAAAUAAAGAUUCCAAGAGACCGGAGACUAAUCCGGGGGAGGUUGAUAGACUCGUCACACCAAACCAGGAGGUGUCCACCGAACCCAGAUUCAUCGCCUCGGAAUGGGGUCCAUGUAGUAAGACCUGCGGUGAGGGUGUCAGACAGAGAUACGUCCGCUGUAAGGUAUACCUCCGCUUCCUGGAGACCAUCACCGACCUGUCUGACAGCGAAUGCACAGGCCAGAAACCAAGAGAGAGUGAGCCAUGCCAAGGGACGGGCUGUAUCUACGUGUGGAGGAUCGCUGGUCACAGCACAUGUAGCCAUUCCUGUCUCGGAGGAGUACAGGAGACGCUAAUUGAGUGCGUCCAGAAUGGUACCAGGGUGAACUCGUCAUUGUGUGACUCCAAGAAUAGACCCCCGAGCGAGAGACGACUUUGCAAUGAUAUUCCGUGUCCACCUAGAUGGCGGACGGGAAUCUUUGGGAACUGCUCGGUCACGUGCGGAGGUGGUGUGAUGUCACGGACCGUCGCGUGUAUACAGGAAGUGACGUUGAGGAGUAAUGAGACCUUACCACUUCCAGAUGUCAUGUGUGGACUUCCGGCGCCACCGAGGAACAGGAGCUGUAAUACAAACACUUGUGCUACGUUUUGGUGGACAGGGGAAUGGAGUCAGUGUUCCAGUACGUGUGGUAAGGGAGAACAAUACCGGCUUGUAAAGUGUAUGAAGAUGCUUCCGGUCGGCACAUACACCGACACCAAAUCUCAGAACUGCAACUACGGAGAGAGACCGCAAGCCAUUCAAAGUUGUCAGGCAGUGCCUUGUCCUAAAAAAAUACGAAUCAAAGAGGAUAAAUCCAAGUUGUUCCAGUUGAACCCAGUGAGGAAGGUCGUCUUAAGCGUGGGUGGUGAGGCGAGUGUUUUACUAGGCACAAGGGUGACAGUUCGAUGCAAAACUACCGGCGGCAAGAGGCCCAGUCUUGUCUGGCUUCGGAACGGAAUGUCCAUAGGACAUGGUAAGCAUGUACGUGAGUUGAAGAGUGGAAAAGUCCGGAUUAGACGGACCCACGCCAUGGAUAACAACACAGUAUUUACAUGUGUGGUUGGAACUGUCGUGGCUUCCUUAUACCUUAGGGUCCACACACCAGCUGAAGCAGAGGUCCAGAGAAACCGAUUACAAGUUUAUCUCCAGAACAGAAUGAAAAACUUCACGACCAAAAAGCAUAUUAAAAAUUACUCCAGCGGGGCUGUCUUGUUGUACAUGCACGGGCCCUGGUCAGACUGUCCAGCGCUCUGCGGUGCAUCCGGUAUUCAGAGGAGGGAAAUUACUUGUGAACUUUACGAGAGAGACAUAAUCAGGGAAUAUCCUCUGAAACAUUGUAGAAGGCAAGGCCUACAGAGACCAUCCAGAAAAAGGACCUGUAUUGGAGACUGGAAGUGUGAUGUUAAUAUUACACGCACAAAAUGUUGCGUAUGGGAUGGAACGCAAAACACCAACGCAAUAUGUGAAAACGAGGGGAGAGAUCAGGAACCCUGUGUGGAUACAUGUGAUAAAAACACUUGUCUUCCUGUCUGGAAGGCGUCGUCAUGGGGUGAGUGCACCCCUGAAUGUGGCCAAGCCCGUUACAAAGCAAGGAGCAUUGUCUGUAUCUGGCGGGGAAAGUGGUAUGCCAGCGAAUCCGAGAUAUUGUUUGGACAAAGUCAAACCGCCAACGAUGAAGAGAUGUCCGGUUCUCCGAUGUACUUCAGAAUGUCUGGAUGAUUCGAAAUACUGCGGAAUGGUGAAAUGGUUAAAGAUGUGUCGCUAUGGCAACUACAAGGCGCGCUGCUGUCAUUCGUGUUCUUCGACAUAGCCGGAAGACCAAAUGUUAUUGGACGCGGUGCAGAAUUUAUAGCAGCCAACGCCAUCAAUAAACUUGCUGCGUUUUCUCGAUUGCUCUUGCCACAAACAGUAAUACCCAUAUCCAGUGUUGUCAUUGACAACGGAUGUUUUCCUCACUAAUAACACAACACAUCAAGACUCUGAAGUCACGUUGGGUUACGUGGCUGGGAAAGCGACCACGAGAACUUCUUUUCGCGGUGGUGGUGUUGUCAUGGCAGUGGUUCAUUUACUCCCACUCCAGAUAAAUCCAGUUUAAUAAGGGUGGAUUUGGGACACAAAACUCGCUGAAAAUUACUGAGUACAAACAUUGUCUGUGAAUGUGUUUUCAAGGAUCAAAGCACACUACAUUUUGACCCUUCCCUUUAUACUUGAGGGUCUUAUCAAACUACGGGUGUUAGUCAUAUAUUAUCACAGCUGACCUAUACCAAGUUGUAGGAACAACGUUUUCUGACUCCAGUAGACAGUGAACCAGUGUUAAAAGUAACGCGGGUAACGGUGUCUGACCGUGGCUGUGGAACAGAUUUUUAUGACAUUUCUGAAAGCAUUUUGCUCUAAUAGAUAAUCUGAAGAUAUUUGUGAUUUGUAUCUGGCUUGGAACUUAAAUGCAGAGUGACUUUUGCGACGCCGAAUAUUUGUCAGAUACUGACAUUUCUGUCCAACUAGUAGAAAGUAGCCAAUCGCUACAGAGCUUUUAAAAAAGUGUCCUCUGGCUUUUUGCGAGAAGGCAAUUCAGCUCAUCAAAUGAUCUAUAGCUGGAAGAGACAAUCGCUUGUGGUGACGAUUUUACGUUCUGUUUGGACUGCCCAGAUGGAAACGUUUGAAGGAAUGCUAUUACGACUUUGGUCACUGAAAGAGAUUUGAGAUUACGCAAUCCAAAUGAUGAAGCUCGACUUUAGCUGAGGACCACUAGACCAACUGAAGAAAUGAUAACUGUCCGGAACAAAUCAUUAGAGAGUGAAGUUGUCCUUCACGAAAUAGUAUAUUUGGUGUUAAUUGGGAUUAAUUGUUUGGUGUUCCUUGAAACACGUGCCAUGAUAACGACAACGUGUAUCUUCCAUGUAUACACCGCUUAAAUUCGCAUACUAUUACAUGUUGUGUAUUUUAUGGUAUAUUUGUAUUACGAUUAACCGUUCUAUAUCAAUAGAGUCGGUUAUGCACCGAACCGCAAAUCUCAGGGUAAUCAACGGCAUUGUUCAACGCGCAGAGACAGAGAUUGUUCUGCAUAAUACGUGCUGUUUAGUAAGUCAGGGGUAAUUCUUCCUGGACAUAAUGUUCGAUUUUCUGCUACAGACCUUUCUGUAGAUGGAACUUUCUUUCACCAUGUCAGCAUGGUGAGCAUUUGUAGUAGGAUUGUUAAAUGGUAUAUCAUUUUGAAUGAUUGUUCUUCAAUAUUCCACAUAAACACAGCAAAGUUUCAGCUUCACCUGUUUUAAAGUUACUAUGAUGAAGGCUUAAUAAUUGUCAGAUAUUUGUCCUCAGUUAUUGGAUUGUGCUAUCAGGGUACGAUGUAAACACACUCGUGUCCGUAGUAAAUAGGGGACAUCUUUUCAACUGCUGAAUGACGAAAAAUAUUAUUAAGCUAGAAAUUCAACCUGGUGCUUUUCCAGAUGUAGCAUAUUCCCUAUUAGGCAUUGUCGGACGUGCCUAUGUAUAGUUAAAAAGAUGACACUUGAUGUUAACAAUAUACUCGUGUUUUCCUCGUGGCUAAUGGCUAGUGUGGUAGUGCAGCUCAGUGACCCAGGAGCUUCUGGCCAAUGCGGUCGCUGUGAGUUCAAGUCCAGCUCACAUUGGCUUCCUCUCCAGUCGUAUGUGGAAAGAUUGCGUAUGGUUUUGGGUUUCCCUCCCACCAUAAUGCUGGCCACCGCUGUAUAAGUGAAAUAUUCUUGAGUUCUGCGUUAAUGAAAUAAAUUAAUAAAUCAAUAAAUAACAAUAUAAUCGACCAUUUAAAACCAGGGUAUUAAUUUAACCGUUACUAUUUCACCACUUAAGUAUGUAAGUCCUCUGAAAAUGCGAUACGCAGUUGUUAACGUUAAAUAUAGAAGACAGCUAAUGGACAUGGUGUACAAAGAAAGCAAACAAACUGUGUGAAUACUCCUCCCAGCGCAUGUGCCGCUCCCUAGGCUCACUUUACAUUACUGUCACUACCUUUGGGUCCUGUGCGACGGACGUGCCCUUUUGUGGACUCAGCCACAUCACUAAGGUCCUAUAAUUAGCAUAGGCCAAUAUAAUUGUUUCAGGUGUCCGUUAGAACCUUGAUGUGUUCUGACAUCACUUUCUGCCUCGUCACCGUGACAACAGUGACCUUGACGUUUUUCAAGCUCAAGUGGAGGCCAUGAUGUAAAGCAAACGUAUAGAGCGGCGCAUGCGCUGUAACGUAUACGAACUGAGUAAUUGACUACUUCUUUCAGUUUUACAAUCAGCAUUAUACAAUUCUUAUUUCUUACGGCACAUAAUUUAACUGUGUUGUGGCAAUCGUAACAUGCAAUAUAAAAAUUUGUUGUGACAUUGUGUGUCCCAAAGUAUCGUGCAAACAUUCAAUGUAACGGUGAUGAAUCGUGGUUCUCAUAUGUUAAACUCAAUAUGAUGAUAAUGAAUGUUUCAACUGCCAUGUAAAACCCAGCAUAAUAUUACAGAAAUGAUAAAAUGAUCUGUUAAAAUUCAAGAUAAUGAUAUAUAUUUGUUAAACUUCCAUGCCAAAACUCUACAUAAUAAUAAUGAAUAGUUGAACUGACAUGUUACAUUUCAAAACAAUUGAACCGUUAUGAUUCUGCAUCUAUGUGCAAAAUGUAUGUCUUUUCUUGAAAACAAUAAAAGUGGGGUGUACAAAAGAAGUAAUAUAAUAUCUCAUCCGAAGCUACCCAUUUGGCAUAUUCUUUCUCAAUGGAGUUUGAAAAACUGAAAUCGCGUCUGUUCAGAGAGCAAACGUAUUUCUUCAAUGGUUAUUCUAGUCUGUACUAAUCAACGUGUAAAACACGUUUUGUUCAAGACAUACGGUUCUUAUAACGUUUAAUCUCGAAAACGCUGAAGCUCUAGAAUAACUGUUUCGUCAUGAUUUUUUUUCGGAUUACUAUAGCAGAAAAUAACUGAGGCUUUGGGGCAAACUCUUUUAGACUUGUACGUCUGUACUUUAAGGUGUACAACUAUUCUCAGGAUAAGACUGAACUGAAAAUUUCAAGAGUGACUAUGGAAAUAUAUACCUUAAGUAAAACAGAAAUAUCAUGAUAUUCUGAGACAAGAAAUACUAUUAUGCACUGCAAUAUUUUGCUCUUUUGUGUCCAGACUGCCAAA